AUGGACGACGACGAGGGGGUGGCCUUCGAGGGGGAGACGAUCAAACCGCUGGUCGAGCGGAUCGUGCAAAAGGAGAUUGCACCCGAUUACCUCUGGAACGCCAAGUCGUCGGACCUGCAAUCCGUCGUGAUCGAGAACAUAUUGAAGGAGCUCGCUGCGGAGAACGAGAAUGCGGCGCGCGAAGGCAAGCGUCCAUUCAAGUUCGUCGUCCUGUGCGAACUCCAGCAGAAUGUUGGCGCCGGCCUCGCCAACGCGUGCACCUGCCACUGGGACAGCUCAACAGACGGACAUUGCGUCUUCAAGUACGAGACGGAGCACGUUCAGGCGCUUGUGACGGUCUACGGGGUUCAAAACUGA